CAUCGAGGCGGCAAGUCGCGACGCAUUCUGUCAUUUACUUUCAAACUUUGUAUAAAGUAUAAAUUUAGCAGUAUGCGGUACAACCGGCUAGGUAAUACGGUCAUGAACGUAUCCCAUAUCAGUCUGGGUGGAGCGUCCUUUAGCAACAUUUACGGGUCGUUCGACGAACAGAGGAGCUUGGAUUUCAUCACGGAGGCUCUCAACCGCGGCAUUAACUACAUUGAGACUGGACCGUGGUACGGGCAGGGGUCUUCCGAGAGGACCAUUGGGAAGGCUCUUAAAGGAAAACCCAGGGAAUCCUACUACAUCGCAAGUAAAGUAGGUCGAUACGAAAAGGACCCGGCGAAAAUGUUCGAUUUUUCUGUCGAAAAGACGUUAGCAGCUGUCGACAAUACGUUGCUACUCCUCGGAGUGGAAUACGUCGAUCUGAUACAGGUCCACGAUGUAACUUUCGGCGAUGUCGAUGUGAUUCUCAACGAUACUCUACCAGCUUUGGAGCAAGUGGUGAAAGACGGCAAAGCACGCUACAUCGGCAUCGCGGACUACGACCUUGACCUGAUGAAGGCGAUCGUCAACGAAUCGGAGAUCCCGAUCUCGACCGUCCUGUCAUACGCCAAGUCGACGCUGAUAGACAACCGUGUACAGGAUUACACCAGAUACUUCAAGAGACGUGGCGUGGGCGUGAUCAACGCUGCGGCGACCGGCAUGGGCUUGCUGUGCAACGGGGGCCCGCAGUCCUGGCACCCCGCUGGCGACGACACCAAGGCCAUAUGCCGCGACGCUGCUCAAAUGUGCAUGGAAAAGGACGUCGAGUUGGCCCGAUUAGCGAGCUGGUUCAGUUUAAAUCAGCCCGACAUCGACACGCAUAUAUGCGGGUUCCGUACCGUCGAUCAGUUGGACGACACGAUAAACGUGCUGGAGCAAGGCCUCUCGCAGCAGGAGACCAUGAUUCUACAGGAGCUUCAGAAAAGAUUCCACGGCCGAAUACCACUUCACUGGGACAAAGUGGAAUUACAAACUUACAAAGCACAAAUGGCUGAAUUGGCGAAACCAAAAUAAUCAGUCAAAAUAAAGAGUGAGGAAGAAUAGGAAACGUACGCUAAGUUGAUCAAACACAUAAUGAAAACGUGCAAAGAUGACGAAUGGGAGAGACAAAGACCCUAAAAACAGCUACCUUCGUGUAAUACCGGGAAGGCGUGAGAGACAUUGAAGAGUGGAGGAGGUCUUUAGUGCGUAGGUCACUGCGCAACACCUGCAGUGGAGUCGGGCAUGCCAGACGGUAUCCAUGAGGAUUUUCCUCCUUCACAUG